ACGACACGGCCCACACGUCCCAAAGGAGCUUUUCCAUCAAGCAGAAGUCUACGGGAGGUAGUGCACAGCAGCUAAACAUCCACAUCCUGGACGACUUUACGCUUGCACGACUACAAGCUGCUGGAGCUUUUGACAACGGUACAAGGGGACCAGACCUCCAACUCAGGCUGCCCGGUGUUUAAAAGACAGAAAGAAGAGACUGCUAAAGCUGUUCUUCCUUUUUUUUUUUUUAAAGAGACUGAAGUUUCAACUUUUUCUUUCUCUCUCUCUCUUCGGGAGCAAGUCCUUCAAAAUGACCGACUUUUAAGCGAAGGCGCCGGGAGACCCCGAGGAAGUUCUUCAUCGCCCGUGUCAGUUUUGACAAAAGAAGUACACAAAGAAUAAGAAGAAACGAGUAGUCUACUACUUCCCUAACGACGCAACCAUGGACUCGGGAAAGCAAAUAACGUUCCCGUUGCUGAUGAGUGUUGGAACCGCCGUGAUCGGAUCGCUGCAGUUCGGCUACAACACCGGCGUCAUCAACGCCCCUCAGAAGGUCAUUGAGAAAUUCAUCAAUGAAACAUGGUUCGAGCGCUACCAGGAGCAGAUCUCCAAGAACUCCCUCACAGCCAUCUGGUCCAUCGCUGUCGCCAUCUUCUCUGUCGGUGGCAUCUUUGGCUCGUUCUCUGUUGGACUCUUUGUCAACCGCUUUGGAAGGAGGAACUCUAUGCUCAUGGCCAAUGUCCUGGCAUUCAUUGCAUCUGCGCUUAUGGGCUUUUCAAAGAUGGCGGCCUCCUGGGAAAUGCUGAUUGCCGGCCGGUUUGUGGUGGGCCUUUACUCCGGCCUCUCCACGGGAUUCGUACCCAUGUAUGUCGGCGAGGUGUCCCCGACGUCUCUAAGAGGAGCUCUGGGCACUCUGCACCAGCUGGGCAUUGUGGUCGGCAUCCUGAUCGCACAGGUGUUUGGAAUGGAGGCCAUCAUGGGCAACGAUGACUUGUGGUCGCUCCUCCUGGGCUUCAUCUUCGUCCCUGCAGUGAUUCAGUGCAUCCUGCUGCCCAUGUGCCCCGAGAGCCCCCGCUUCCUGCUCAUCAACAAGAACGAAGAGAACAGGGCCAAGAACGUGAUGAAGAAGCUCAGAGGCACCACAGAUGUGAGCGCUGACAUGCAGGAGAUGAAGGAGGAGAGUCGACAGAUGAUGAGGGAGAAGAAGGUGACCAUCCUGGAGCUUUUCCGCUCGCCUAUGUACCGUCAGCCUCUCAUGGUCGCCGUCAUCCUGCAGCUCUCCCAGCAGCUGUCUGGCAUCAAUGCUGUAUUCUACUACUCCACACGAAUCUUCGAGAAAGCCGGAGUGGAGCAGCCUGUCUAUGCAACCAUUGGAGCUGGAGUAGUAAACACUGCGUUCACUGUGGUGUCGCUGUUUGUGGUAGAACGAGCUGGCCGUAGAUCUCUGCACCUGCUGGGGCUGCUGGGAAUGGCCGGAUCUGCUAUCUUGAUGACCAUCGCCUUGGCUCUGCUGGAGAAGCUCAAAUGGAUGUCAUAUUUAAGCAUUGUGGCCAUUUUCUCUUUCGUGGCGUUCUUCGAAAUCGGUCCGGGUCCCAUCCCCUGGUUCAUCGUGGCUGAGCUGUUCUCACAGGGACCCAGACCUUCAGCCAUGGCCGUCGCUGGUUUCUCUAACUGGACUGCUAACUUCAUCGUGGGAAUGGCCUUCCAGUACAUAGAGGAGCUGUGCGGCCCCUACGUCUUUGUCAUCUUCACUGUCCUGCUGCUGGUGUUCUUCGUCUUCACCUACUUCAAAGUGCCGGAGACCAAGGGCCGGACGUUUGACGAGAUCUCCGCCGGCUUCCGUCAGUCGGCCGCCGGAGGAGAGAAGCACUCGCCGGAGGAGCUGAACAGCCUGGGAGCUGACUCGCAGCUCUGAGUGACUUCAUUUCACUUCUUAAACUUCUAACAAACUUUUUUUUUUCUUCUCAAACAGAGAAAGGAACGAGAAGGGGUCUGCUAACUAACAAGUAGACAGAUUUCAUGGGUAGAUUAAUUCUCACACUUUGUCACCACAUUUCGGGCGUCUUUACCAAAACACAGAGCACCCCCCCCCCCCCCCCCCCCGUGUGAUUCUCCAACAUGACGUCUUCCGCUGCCCCUCGCACACACACACAAACACACACUCCAUGGGCACUAUGUCGCCUGCAGGAUGUGGACGAGGGGACAGGAAGAUAGAUGGGGAAGGUUUCUAAAAAAAAUGUUUGAAAGAAGGAAAAGGAGUGUCGGCAUCAAUCAAACAACCUUUUUAAAACUUUUUCACUGAAUAUUUUACUGUUAUGUGCUUAUGCUCUGUUCUCUGUAGCCUGUUACAGCACAGUCAGUUUGUAUCAUCUGGUUUUAUAGCUUUUAGAGAUCUGUUCACUGUGCUCAAUACACGUUUUUAUCAAUUAUAUUGUAAAGCUGUAACACUGUAGACUCUAGCACUGUACAUGCUGCACAGUUUGUCACCACCAGAGGGCACACUGCCCUUUAAAAAGCCCCAAUACUACCUUAUUUAUAGCUUUUUAAGUCACUGAGGACACAAACUGUGAUAUGUCAGUCUAAUGCUGUAAGGAUUUUAAAUUGUACUAUUGGUAUUUUCAACACAGAAUAGUAAAACAGCAUAUAUAUAUUUUUUAAAAUUGUUACAUAUUUCCUCUUGCUGGACAGUUUGUUACUCUUUCUAUUGUUAAAUAUGAUACUUUUGAUGUCAUUACUGAAAGAAAACAACGUAUGAGGUGCGUCCAGAUAACAUGUAAAGUCAUGAAUUCUACAUGUAUGUAUUUAAACACCAUUCCUUUUGAGCAUUCAAUGAAAAUGAUAUUUUGUGUGCUAAAGGAAAAAAUAUCUGUGGAGAUGAAUCAUCUAUUUCUAAGAGCUCAAUUACAAUCAGCUGCCCGAAAAGAAAAAAUCCUCUCACAAUACCAGAAUGUUUGUGAUUUGAAGUGCCUGUUAAAAAACAUCAGGUCGUCUUGCCCUCAGUCUUAUAAUUAGGAGUUUGAGGUCAGAUCAGCCCGAUCCAGAUGUGGAAAGUGGAAAAAUGUUCACUUUGAGUUCUUUAAAGUUGAACUCACCUGCCGAGUGUACAAAGUCUGUCUCAGAGCUGUCUGGAUCUGUUCACACAAUUUGAAACUACGGCGCUGAAAGAUGUUCCUCUGCGGCAGCUUCACAGCAUUUUCAGAAAAAUAAAAUAAAAACAAUUUCAAUGACAGGGACCAAACUGCCUUUUUGGAAGUUUUUCUUCAUCCUUUGAAGUGCUCUUUAUCCAGGUCAAACUCCCCGUGUUCCUUGAGCGCCAUAAUGUGUCCAAAGAGGGGGGGGCGGAUGCUGCGUUGGUGAGAGGUCAUCGCGUCCCUUGUGCAACUGAAUUCUUGCAGUAUUGUCGGCCCCCUCCCUCCCUGCCUCUGUCCCUCCAUUUUUCCGCUGUGUACUGUGCUGUAUUCAGUAGCUGGUGAUUUAAAAAAAAAACUUUUAUAGUGUGGCUCACUUUGCCUUGCUGUACACGUCGCUGUCUGUGACUGCUGUAUCACUUGUUGAACCUUCCUUCUCUUUAAAUACGUUGUUUAAGGAAAGUUAUCCUUUUUGUUUCUUCCUAGCAGCACUUUAUUAUUCAUAGUUCUUUGUUUCUGUCGUGUUUUUAUUUUAUUUUAUUUUUUACUCACAGUGUGGAAUCAUUGUUACUGAGGAGAGACUGAAGUACUGCUGAUGGAUUACUUGAUGUUUUUGAAAUGGAAAUGUGUUGAAUUGUGUCGUUUGUUCAUAUCUAUCGCAGCCUCGUAUGGAGCACAUUUCGGGUCACCGUUUUUUUUUGAGUAAAAUAUGGAAAACAUUCAGGGUCUAACAAAGGACCUCAUGAAAUCAAACACAGCAGUGAAAAUCCCCUUUUUUAUCAUUCCAUAUCUGGAUGUUAAUUAUUGUAUAUAGUAGAUCUUUAUAGUGUGUCUUUUCUUAUUUGAGGGGUCCUGUCACCCAUUCUGGAAAGCACUGUAACAUCCACUCUCUGUGCCUUUUUACAGCCUUCACAUUCUCUUCACCAGCAAAAUCAUACCAUGGCACCAAAAAGGAAAAAAAACAAGCCUUACACACACACACACACACACACACACACACUGAUGUCUUUUUGCAAAUAUCCAAACUGUAUUUUUGAUGUACAUACAUAAAUCCACAGGUCUGCCGGGGCAUUGAACGUUUAAUGUUGUCUGUCGCAUUUUAAAUCUCCUACAGGCACACUUUGGUGGUUUAAAGUCACAUCAUCAUGUAACUAUGACACACUUUGGCUUCACUCACUCCAAAUGUAUGCAAUUAACUUGUUUUUUUUUUCUUCGGUAAGUUAAUGAUUAGGGCGCAUUGAUCUUCCACACUUCUGUUUCCUUCUGAUUGCGUAUCUAAAGCUACGCUGUGGCCUAAUAUUACUAUCGUCAUCAUUUUAAUUCUGAAAUGUAAGGACUGUGUUAAUGAAAAUAAAACAUUCAGUAGUGUUUGUUGUUGUUAGUGCACAGAGUGUAUUUGAAUAUUUGUCAUAAUAAAAUAUCUGUGUAUGCGGUG